UGUUCCUGAUAGACUUUCUGGAUGAGGCGCGCCAAAACAUCUCUGCAACUUCCAACUUCCAUUCAUGGCGUUACAUUUAUCUUCAGCCAUUAUCUCUCACAAGCUCUCUCUCAAUGCCUCCAUCACUCCUUCUCUCCCAAAGCGAAGUGCCCUCCCUACCCAUUUUAUAUUUUGCUCCAAUCAAAUGCCUAGCAAAGACCCAGCAAGACCGGGCCGCUCCAGCAUUCCUUGCUUGCCCAAGAAAAAUCAUUCAGAGGAACUGGCAAACCGGCAUGAUUUUACUACCAACUUGUACAUGUCAAUUUGCAGACUUGGACAAAAGAAGCUCGAGAGUCUGAUUGCUGUAAUCCUUAUGUCUGUUCAAAUUUUUUCUCCGCUUCCUUUGGUUGGUUGGGACUCUUUUUCUAUAUCUCCUGCAAGAGCGGUUCUUUAUUCUCCAGAUACGAAGGUUCCAAGAACAGGAGAACUUGCUUUAAGGAAGGCUAUCCCUGCAAAUACAAACAUGAAGGCUAUUCAGGAAUCUCUGGAGGAUAUUUCGUACCUGCUAAGGAUUCCACAGAGAAAGCCAUAUGGAACAAUGGAGGGGAAUGUGAAGAAAGCUUUGAAGAUAGCAGUGGAUGAAAAGGAUUCUAUUUUGGCAAGUGUACCAAUAGACCUGAAGGAAAAGGGUUCCACAUUGUAUGCAUCACUUAUUGACGGGAAGGGUGGAUUGCGAGCCCUUCUUGAAUCUAUAAAGGAUAAGGACCCAGAUAAAGUAUCAGUAGGCCUUGCAUCUUCACUUGAUACUGUUGCAGAGAUAGAAUUGCUACAGGCUCCAGGCUUGUCAUUUUUAUUGCCCAAGCAAUACUUGAAAUUUCCAAGGCUUAAUGGGAGAGGAAUUGUUGAAUUUACAAUUGAAAAAGGAGAUGGUUCAACAUUUUCUCCAGAAGCUGGUGGAGAAUCAAGAAAGACUGCCAUAAUUCAGGUUGUUGUAGAUGGAUAUUCAGCACCGUUAACAGCAGGAAAUUUUGCAAAGCUGGUAAUUGAUGGGGCAUAUGAUGGGGCAAAACUUAGCUGUACCGACCAAGCUAUUCUCUCAGACAAUGGGCUUGACAAGAACAGCGGUUAUAAUAUUCCUUUAGAGAUAAUGCCAUCUGGGCAAUUUGAGCCCUUGUACAGAACAACAUUAAGUGUGCAGGACGGAGAAUUGCCAGUUCUUCCACUCUCUGUUUACGGAGCAGUUGCAAUGGCACAUAGUGAAGUCUCUGAGGAGUCCUCAUCGCCAUAUCAGUUUUUCUUCUAUCGUUAUGAUAAGCGAAAUGCUGGCUUGGGAGGGUUGUCGUUUGAUGAAGGGCAAUUUUCAGUUUUUGGAUACACAACUGUUGGGAAAGAUAUUCUUUCACAGAUAAAAACCGGAGAUGUGAUUGUAUCUGCAAAGCUGGUGGAAGGUCAAGAUCGCCUGAUAUUGCCAAAUGAGAGUUGAUCUACUCUAUUGCCAAGCAGGUUACUUUUCAUUCUUUGUGUUUGCUGCAUUUUAAUGGCAUCAGCCUGAUUUUAUUGCUGCAGGUUGGCUUGUCCAGUUUCUCAUUGCCAGUUUUUGUUUGUAGUUUUGUUGUGUAUUUGAAUAUCAGUUGUCUGGAAUGAAAUUUAUUACAUUUGCACAAAGGAGGAGACUCAUUUAACU